AUUUCGAUCAUUAAAAAAAAUUGGGGACCAACAAAAUAGCGUAGUCCCUGUAAUGGCUCGGAGAGGAGCCGACCCCUUUUGAUACCUCUAAUAGUGAUUGAUAGUGCCAAGAUUCUUCCUCUCUCUUCCACUCGAUUGCUUGCGCGUCUAUACAUACAUCGCAUUUCGACAAAAGCUUUCUUCGCAAUAGGACCCUCGAGUUGUAUCUCUCUCUCUUUCUCUCGCUUUCAUUCUGAAGUGUUGCAGGAAACACAUACAUGGCUUCUUUAGCAACUGCCGAAGCUUGUGACUCAAAUGCAGCACUUAUAGCAAGUGGUGAUGUGCGUUGUCUGCAGCCAAUCUUCCAAAUUUACGGGCAGUGCCGGGCUUUCUCAGGUCCAAUCGUGACCCUCAAGGUAUUUGAAGACAGCGUGUUGGUGAGGGAGCUUCUUGAAACCAAAGGUGAUGGCAGAGUUCUGGUCAUAGACGGUGGAGGAAGCAUGAGAUGCGCCUUGGUCGGGGGGAAUUUGGUAGUGCUGGCUCAGAAUAUGGGCUGGGCCGGCAUUGUAGUCAAUGGCUGUGUUAGAGACGUAGAUGAGAUUAAUGGCUGUGAUAUCGGGGUUCGAGCUUUAGCAUCCCAUCCCCAGAAGUCAAACAAAAAGGGUAUUGGUGAAAAGCAUGUUCCUAUACAUUUUGCCGGGACUUUGAUUCGAGACGGAGAAUGGUUGUAUGCAGAUAGUGAUGGGAUCCUUGUCUCCAAAACUGAGCUCUCCGUCUGAAACUUGCUGCAAAGCUAUUGGUGUCAAGAUUUGAAUCUAGCUGAUCUAUUUAAGUGCAAUGUGGUUUGAAGAUCUCAUCUAAUUAAGUGUAUUUGUAAUGAAGUUUAUGAUAAUCUAAGUUUCCUUAUGGUUGUUUGGUAUAGCAUGUCGUUCAUUUUUCUUGCACGAAUUGAACUUGAUCUUUGGGCACUCUCAUUGAUCAUGAAUAUAUGAAGUAGGCUGAAACAUGUCUAUGGAAUGCAUUUGGGAACCA